CUUGGCUUUUUUGUCUGGAAAGCCUGACCGGGCGAAGCUCCUCGACGUUCUAUAUUGAACAAAUUUAAAGGUUUCAAGCGUAGAGUUUGGCAAUAAUUGGACAUUUUGUGUUCGGGAUAUAGCGGAUAAUAACGAGGGAUCAUUUUUCCAGAAUGAUGUGAAUUAUUUUGGGAAAUAGGAACUUUGCUUUCGAAAGGAUUUUACUCGAAAAUUGGAUUGAGACAUUUCACCUACAACGUGAUGUUUUACAACCUCUAUCCCAAAGUUCAUAACACUGAGGUGUUUUAACAAGUUUUGGUUACACUGAAGACUCACAACUCAGUGGUAUUUUUGGCAACUCUUGUGUCAGAAUGGGGGAUUUCCCUCUGAAUGGUUUGGGGGACUUCACUGGCAAAACCAUGGGUGACUUGGAUGAUGGACUUUUCUAUGGAACAGCAACAGCCCAGAGUCAACCGUUGGAUAACCAACACUUCAACCAGAACAGUGCUGGAAUGAGCCUGAGUAUGGAACGGCACAUUCAACAAACUAAUGAAAGACUCCAGUGUAUAAAACAACACCUGUCCUCUCCACAAGGGUUUCAAACUUCAGCAAGAGAACUUCUGGAGUGGUGUGGGGAUGUACGUGCUUUUCAGCGAGCAUUUGAAAGCAACUUGAUGGGAUGCCUCACGGUUGUGAGUCAAGUUGCAGCUAAUCCAGGGUAUGAUUUGGAUUUAGGUUAUAGACUCUUGGCUGUCUGUGCUGCACACAGAGACAAGUUCUCCUCAAAGUCAGCUUCUAUGUUAGGUGUUUGGUGUGAAGAUCUUGGCAGACUUCUCUUACUUCGGCAUCAAAAGCAGAGAAAUGUUGAUACUCAGAAGACAGCAGGUUACCCCACAGCACCAGGAAACAAGCUUGCUCAGAUGAAUCAAUUGAACCCAAUGAAUCAAUUAAGUCAGCUCUCAAACAAUGAUGCAUCAACUGUUAUGUGGCCACAGAGUACUCAAGGUCAUGGCCAACAACCUCCAUCGCUAUCUGUGGUAACAACUGUUUGGGGUGUCACAUCCCCAAUGACUAAUGGAACAGCAAACAUGACUCAUGAUCCUACGAAUCCAGGAAUCCCUACAACAAAUACAGUUAAUUCUGUGGGACAUCCAUACCUCUCGACUUCUGCAAAUCCAAAGCAAUAUGCACAAUCAGGGGGUUACCCAGCUAGACCAGGAAGCAGGCUUCCUCAAGAGACGACACAGCCUGUUGCACAGAACUAUAUGCAGCGACAAAGCAGCUUCCCUGCCACAGGAAGCACCCCGAGUGUUCCUCCUGGAAGUAAUAAUUAUUAUUCGCAGCAAAAUGCUGUCCCACCCAAUGCAUCACCCUUUCCACAACCUGCUGCCAAUCCAGCCGCUGCUGCGGCUGCAGCUGCAGUUGCUGCAGCAGCUGCUACAGCAACAGCAACAGCCACAGCAACUGCCACUGCUGCACUUCAGGAUCAGCAGCAAAUGGAUUAUGUUUUCCCUCCUGGGCAGAGUCAAUAUGGUCCCAAUCAAGCCAGCCAUCCUCAACAUCCUCCCCCACCAUAUCAGCGAAGUAAUAGCUUUCCCCAGUAUCCACAGCCAUUUGGGCAACAGCAGCAGCAACAACCUGGUGCCCAGCAGGGAAUGCAGAAACCCAAUUCAGGGAUGAGCCGCACACAAUAUUUACAGGAUUACAUGAUGAGAAAACAACAGCAGCACCAGCAGCAAAUGCAACAACAGCAACAGCAGAUGCAGCAACAUUACAAGCAGCAGUAUGCAGGACAAUAUGGGCAACAGGGUGGCUAUCAGAUGCCUUCUUCUUAUCCAGCACAGGCUGGUUACCAACAACAACCAACACCUCCUCCACCUUACACACCAAGUAUGAGCCCCAUGUCACAGAUGAACCAACAGAUGGGACACAUGAUGCAGCCAAACUCAGUCAACCAAUCAAUGGGACAUCUAAACCAGCCAAUUGGACCACAGAUGGGUCCACAGAUGGGACCACAGAUGCCUCCGAUAGGUCCAGUGAACCAGAUGUCUCAAAUGAGUCCUAUGAGCCAAGUGCCACAAGUACCACAAGGUCCCCAGCUGCCCUCAGUGGGGCAGGUACCCCAACCAGGAAUGUAUGGCCCUCAUUUGCCGCAACAGGGGCCACGCCCCAUGCAGAGACGACGCAAGAGUGCACCCCAGUACCCAAAUGCAACCAUGGCAAAUGCCAUGUCACCCCCAGUCACACCAGUAGCAAUGCCAAGCCCUUACAUGAGUAUCACUGAUGCUGCCCUGAAUCCAUCAAACUGCUAUGACAUCAAACCCCAGGUGGUUCCUAACACUGCUUCACCACAAGCUUAUGAGGAUGUCAAACCUCCAAGGUUAACUAGUGAAAAUGAUGUGAUAAGAUUAACAUUUCCUGUAAGAGAUGGUAUAGUUCUGGCCCCAUUCAGACUGGAGCAUAAUCUGGCUGUCAGUAAUCAUGUGUUCCAUCUCAGAGACUCUGUUCAUCAGACACUAAUGAUGAGACCUGAUCUUGAGCUUCAGUUCAAAUGCUACCACCAUGAAGAUAAACAGAUGUAUACAAAUUGGCCACAGUCUGUGACUGUCAGCGUGAAUGCCAACCCCCUUAUUAUUGAGAGGCAAGGAGACAAUAAAACUUCGCAUAAACCUCUUCAUUUGAAGAAUGUUUGUAAACCAGGAAGGAACACUAUACAGAUAACAGUUACAGCUUGCUGCUGCUCCCACCUAUUCGUCCUCCAGUUGGUCCAUAGACCCUCAGUUAGCUCCGUUUUACAGAGCUUGUUACGAAAAAGACUUCUUCCGGCAGAACAUUGUAUCACAAAAAUUAAAAGAAACUUCUCGUUUAGUUCGUCAUCUGCCGGCGGCACAGAUGACAGUGUGGAACAAACAGCUAUCAAAGUAUCACUUAAAUGUCCCAUCACAUUCAGAAGAAUAACGUUACCAGCCAGAGGCCAUGAUUGUAAACAUAUUCAGUGUUUCGACCUGGAAUCUUAUCUAAGACUCAACUGUGAAAGAGGAAGUUGGAAAUGUCCAGUUUGUAGCAAAGUUGCACUUCUUGAAGGACUUGAAGUGGAUCAGUUUAUGUGGGGCAUCCUUACAACUUCCAGGUGUAGUGAUGUGGAAGAAGUAACAAUUGAUCCAAACAGUCAGUGGAAGCCUGUUCCUGUUAAACAAGAACCAAAAGAUGACGAAUGCCAAGGACCACAACCAGCCAAGAAGGCUCGACCGUCUCCACCUGACUCCCUACCACUGUCUGGUGUUAGGACGCCUACAUCACAGAUGUCCAGCAGUAGUGGACACUAUUCGCCAUAUCAAACUCAGCCACCGUCUAACCCCGGUAUGGGUGCACCCACUCCCCCUGGACGGACACCUCCUGAGUCUCACAACUCAUCAGGUGGAAAUCAGUUGCAAGAGCAUAACUCCAGCAAUUCUGGAGCGACGCAACCAGCGGCAUCCACGCCCAGUGGUGAAAAGAUGACACCCAGUCCAGUCACUAGUCAAGCCACAACGCAAAACAGCAAUCACACUCGAGGUCCCGCCACUCCCCAAACUCCAGGGAGUCAUACAAAUCCAAAAGGUGCUGCUGAAAGAACGCAGCACUCAUCAAACCUUCCCCAGCCUCCCGUGUCAGGGAAUGCUGAUAGCAUUGCGGCCGACCUCGAACACGACAAUCUUCCGGACGAGUUUAACUUUGGUGUCCUGGAAGAUCAUGGCGGGGGAACCGAUGGAGUGGAAGGCGCUUUAGACGUUUUACCAGGAACCCUCGACCCAGAAGAGCUUUUCAAUUAUCUGACGCCGUCCGACCUUCCCAGCGAAGAUAUCUUGUCCAUGUUCGAGUAGCUUUGUGAUGGUGAUCUUUUUGGUCAAUAGGAAAGAGCCAUGCUAGAAAUUUUUUAGUUUGCUGUACUUGAAAGUAGAACGAGUAAUUUGUACUGAAGGGGGUAGGUUGCAAGACCUUUACGUUUUUGUUUUGUAUAGUACAAAUAUUCUCAAGUUUACUUAGUUAACCAUUACGAUACGUUACUACUUGGAAUCUUUUCUUCAGUUUUUCUAGUGAAGUUUUGUCCUUACUUUUGUGUGUAAGUUCUUUUCAAUUUUCAUACUUUUGUGAGUAACUCUUUUUUUCUUAUCCAUCAAUUCGGUUUCGUUUCCUACUUUAAUCUGAUAUAAAGAGCAAGGGAAAAUUUCUUAGUUACGGCAGUUUUUAUCCUGAAGAUCUUGGCGAUUUGUGAUUUUUUUUACAGGUUAUGUAUUGAAAGCCAUAUUAUUGUGGUGGUGUAGUUAUAGUGAUAAGGAAGCUGUGAUUUUGGGUCAAACUCAAGCUGCAAAUUUUAUUAAACAGAGUACUAGAAAGAGGAACUAUUUCCGUUGUGAGUUACACAAAGUACUCUACAUUACGCCUUGCAAUCCUCAGGUGCAGGUGAAAGACAAAGAGAAUUAUUAAUCAUUCCAACAUUUGGAAUUAGUUCGGUAAAUGCUAUAAUAUAUGCAUAAAUAAAUAAAAGGGGGCACGUACCCUCACACUCUACAAGCAUAGAACUGAAGUAGUAGUAUUCUUUUUCGUUUUAAUUAGAGGGAUUUAUAGAUUUUAGUUGCAUGUAGGUAGAGCCAUGAAAGGAGUAUUAGAACAAAAUUUAGUAAUGCGUUAAUGAGAUUUAUCGUGGUAAUAAUAGCGUUUAGGUAUAUAGUUAUUAAGAAAGGGCUACGCAUGAUACUUGUUUCAUAAUCUCCUGUGCAGAACAUUCCUCCGUGGAAUAACGUAACCUAAGUCGGUCUUUUCUCUUUCUUUCUUGGGAUCUCAGCUUUUAUUUAUAAUUUUUUUUUUUUUUAACUUUUCGGUUUUCUUAUUCACAUCAGUCAAGCAUGAAAUAUUUUACUAUUUUUUAAAUUUCUUUUUAUUAUUAGGAGGUACAGUAACAGUAUGUACUUCUCAUUUCUUCACUUUCAUGCUUUCACACUCAUAAGUAGGACUUGACUCUUGAUGACUCGCUGAAUUCAAGCAAAGGCAUUGUUUUGCGAAGCGUCUUUACUGUGUCGCAGUUAGUACAAUUUCUCGAACUUUUGUAUACUUAUUCAAAUCCUACUUUCAUCAAACGCCUCAACCAUCCAAUUUCUCUUUUUCUGUUGUCAUGUUCGACUGCAUUAACAUUAAUAUACAGGUUACACAUUUGUUUUGUUACAAACCGGUUCUGUCUUGUAGUAUUGAACAGUGGUGACUCCUCUUUCACAAAAAAGUGGAUUUUUUUUUUAUCUUCUUUCUUUUUCUUAAUAUUCCUUUUAGGUUCAUAUAUAUAUAUAUUAUUUUUCUGUUGAAAGGGCUAGAACUCGACAUUCUGUUUCAAUCACAUUUUUCUUUUUCCUUGAGAAACUUGUUUCGGAUUAUACGGUAGCAUUUUAUUCCGGGAAGAGUGCUUUAAUUUAUUCUGAUUCCAGGUUACAUGUUGUGCAGUUAGCCAUUUCGUAGUUCAGAGAUGAAAUGAAACGUGACUGAAAAAAUCUUGGAAAGAGAACUUUGGGCGAAGACUGUGGACGGUUUCUGUGCAAUUGUCUAUCCCCCCGUUCGACUUUCACUUUUAAAAAGAAGCUCUUAGGCAUAGUUGCGGUCUGGUUGGUGGCGUUUUUGUCUUGCUGUACAUAAAGUGAACAUGUAUUUAUAUACCUAUAAAUAAUGUAUAUCAAGAUAUGAUCUAGUCUUUGUAAAUACUCGUAAGGAACGCAUAUCUGGAAAGAUGAGAUAAAAGCCGCAUUUCUGUUACUGUCGUUGCUAGCCUUUAGCCCAUGAUGUUUCAAAAUGGUAGAGAAAGAGUUAAUUUAUAGUAUUGCGAGUAGUUCGCAGUUUUAUUUGGAUUACACAUCACUGGCUACGAAAUGAGCAUCACUCAAAACCUCGUCUGAAUCCCAUUGAAGUGAGUUGGGAAGUCUGUCACGUUAUUCUCUAGUUCUAGACGCGACAACAUUUUAUGACGAUCGUUUUCAGGGAAAAGUGUGUUCAAUGUAAGUUCGAGAUUAUAUGCUAAGUAAAUCAUUAUUGUCAUCUCUCUCGUAGUAUCGAUAGCAUAGUAGAUUUUAUACCUAUUUAUAACGUAGAGAGCGUACAACUACAGUUCUGUAGGAGAGAACAAAUUCUUACGAAGAAGGCUACGAUAGACUUAUUAAAGCCGCCUGUAUGUGUAGAUAUUCUAUAUCUAAAUUUUAUAAGAAAUAAAGAUCAUACAAGUCUCA